UCAAAAUAUUCUCUUCCAGAGGGAGAGUAGAGUGAGGAAAGACCUGCUGCUGUGCCAGAGCCUGGACAUAGACACAGGCAUGUUGUAAUUACUGCUUCCUUUACCAAUUGAACCCUGAGAAAAAGAUGCCAGGCGGACAGUUCUGCCAUGUUGGCGACUCAAAAUAAACCAAGACGGGGACAGAGCGGACUUUUUUGGGGCAGAUGCAGACUUUUUCUAACCGGCGUGUGCUGGAGUGACUCGAGCAGACGCUUCGACGAUGUCCUCGCCGGGAAGCAACAGUUGGACUGAAAGCCAUAAGCACUAAUAGUAAUACACCAUCUUUGACAAUAAUUCCGGUGCGGUGGCAUGUGAUUCCACUCCAAGACAUUCAUUCAUGCACAAGUGCUUCCUGCGCACGAGUGCAGCCGUAGAAAGCUAGUACUUUCUAUUAUUGAUUAUAGCUGAGUGUUUGACUGGACCUGGAUGACACAGAGUAACAUCAAGGACGUCAACGUGCGGACGACAGACUAAAAGGAGGACAGUGAGGGAGUCCCAGCACCAGAGAGGUAAAGGGAGGAAGGGGUCUUCCCUUUCUCUCUCUCCACCCGUCUCGUCGCCAGGCUGGCAGGCCCCGCCAUGGCAUUCACCUUUGCGGCCUUCUGCUACAUGCUCACCUUGGUGCUGUGCGCCGCCCUCAUCUUCUUUGUCAUCUGGCAGAUUAUUGCGUUUGAUGAGCUGCGCACGGACUUCAAAAACCCCAUCGAUCAGAGCAAUCCCACCAGAGCGAGGGAAAGGAUUCUCAAUAUCGAGCGAAUCUGCAACCUUCUCCGCAGAUUGGUGGUGCCAGAGUAUUCAAUCCAUGGGCUCUUUUGCCUCAUGUUCAUGUGUGCUGGAGAGUGGGUCACACUUGGCCUAAAUAUCCCGCUUCUCUUCUACCAUCUGUGGAGGUUUUUCCAUCGACCGGCUGAUGGGUCAGAGGUCAUGUAUGAUCCUGUAAGUGUGAUGAACGCCGACAUCCUCAACUACUGCCAGAAGGAGUCCUGGUGUAAGCUGGGCUUUUAUCUGCUGUCUUUCUUCUAUUAUCUCUACAGCAUGGUCUAUUCCCUGGUGAGCUUCUAACAAGCUCAUGCUGAGACCGAGGUACAACAUCCAAAAGGAAAGAACCUUCCCACCAGUGGCUUGGGUUUUUCAAGGUCGUUUUUUUGGAAUACGAAACAAAAACAACAAAAAACCCAGUCUGAGUGCCAUUGUGAAUGUAAAAGGUGUUUAUAUUGCUUCAUGUCAAACACUGCUGUGACACAAAUGGACAAAAGGUAUGAAUGAAGGAUGUGAAAGGUGUGUGCUGCCUUUGACGCCUGAUUACAAAACUCACUGAAGGGCUGGAGUAAUGCCAUGCUGCUCUUAGUGAUCCAGUCGCCCAACUCACUGUGAUUCUCCAAACACUUAACAUGGGCUGGAACACAAAACUAUAAGUCUGUAACGUUUGACUUUGAAAUAGCUAUUUGCUAUUAUCGUGUAUAUUUUACAAAAAAUAGACACCUCUAAUAUUCAACCACUGUUUUUCUGUAGAGUUUCAGGUACAUGAGUGUAAAGAGGAUGGGACGUUAAAACCCCCCACUAAAAACGCGGACAGGAAUAUAACAGAUCGGUGCGUGCACAGACACUUUCAACCAAGAUGGGGGAAAAAACUUUGACCAUCAGGUUCAUCACAAUCAUAUUCACAUUGUAAUAAUGAUAAUAAUAAUAAUAAUAAUAAUGAUAAUAAUAAUAAUAAUAAUAAUAAUAAUAAUAAUAAUAAUGUCGAAGUCUCCAUGCGGAUAUCCUUAAGUGUGUUUUUAGCCGUAAGGACAUUUUGUGUGCUAAUUAUAGCUAGAAGAGAGUGAUUUGCUCAUAGAUUCAAUGCCAAAUGUUUGUACCUGAAAAGUGAAAACAAUAAAAAUGAGCUUUGAAAAAAGCCAGCAGGCUGUGUAUAGGUUUUCACUUUCUUCAAGACGAUAUCUAUCAUUGGUGCAAUGGUUUUCUUAAAGGAAAACAAGGAGAUAGAAGAACAAAAUUAACUAUGGUCUGUAUUUUUUGUGUGCAGAAAAAGCCUUAUUUUCGGUGUUGUUUAAUCAUUAGCAUCGAUGCUAGCCAUUUUAGCACAGCGACAUUGCUCAGAUCCGUAAUAAGGCAUAGAGCUCUUAUGUAUGAGAAGCAAUUUAAAACGCCACUCUUGCAAUGUAGAAAGUUUGAUAAUGUGUCUGUGUAAAAACAGUUAGGUAGGUUGGUUUACAUCAACAAGCCAUCUAUGUCAACCAAAUCAAGUCCGGGUCCACCGUGUUAUUUUUAUGACUAAAAAGUGCCCACUUAUGUCGACAUUGGCUGCUUUUGUCGACGUAAAAUGUGAGACCCAAAGGGUCAUUUCUAUGAAAAUCAAGUCUGUUUGUGUCGACUUGUAGUACAGUAUUGUUAGAGCGGACCAAUGAUACAUUUAAUCUAUUUUGACUUAUAGAUGUUCUCACAUUGUUGGAUACUCAUGUUAAACAGAGCUAAAGUUGGCGUGAGCUUGCACGCAGUUUUGGAUGCCUCUGUUAGCGAGGGUUUUCAGUCUGGCAAAGUGGACAUGUUUAUUUGGAGAUAAAGUCAAGCUCUCAGUACCUAACGUUGUGACCGGGUGAAUCUGUAAGGUUGAUUUUUGACUAUAUCUGUAAAACAAAAGUAGUGAAGACUUCUUGAUGUACGUCGAACAGUGUACAUUUUAAAAAGAUCAAUGAUGAUACUCGCAGAGAAGGUGGGGCGUGGUUUCAUUUGCAAUAGACAAUGUGUAUUGAAUAUGCUUUGGUGUGAAUUUUGCGUACAUUUUGCCCCACUGUCAUUUUUGUAACCCUUUAUCUAAGUCUCUCUUAAAUAAAUCUUCAUUUGUGUAAGCGUUCCAUCCAUCCAUCCAUCUUCUUCCGCUUAUCGGAGGUCUGGUCGCGGGGGCAACAGCCUAAGAAGUGGCUGGGGAGAGGGAAGUCUGGGUUUCCCUGCUUAGGCUGAUGCCCCCGUGACCCGACCUCGGAUAAGCGGAAGAAGACGGAUGGAUGGAUGGAUGGAACGGUUCCACAAAUGAAGAUUUAUUUAAGAGAGACUUUAAAUAAAGGGUUACAAAAAUGACAGUGGAGCAAAAUGUACGCAAAAUUCAUACCAAAGCAUAUUCAAUACACAUGGUCUAGACCAGUGGUUCUCAACCUUUUUCAGUGACCCUGUGAAACAUUUUUUAAUUCAAGUACCCCCUAAUCAGAGCAAAGCAUAUUUAGUUGAAAAAAAGAGAUAAAUAAGUAAAAUACAGCACUAUGUCAUCAGUUUCUGAUUUCCUAAAUUGUAUAACAGUGCAAAAUAAUGCUCAUCUGUAGUGGUCUUUCUUGAACUAUUUGGGAAAAAAAGAUAUAAAAAUAACCAAUAACGUGUUGAAAAAUAAACAAGUGAUUCAAAUAUAAAUAAAGAUUUCUACACAUAGAAGUAUUCAUCAACUUAAAGUGCCCUCUUUGGGGAGUGUUAUAGAGAUCCAUCUGGAUUCAUGAACUUAAUUCUAAACAUUUCUUAACAAAAAAAAGAACUCUUGAACAUAAAUAUUUAUGGAACAUGUCCACAAAAAAUCUAGCAGUCAACAAUGAAUUGUUGACAGAAUUGUUGCAUUUCUUUUCACAGUUUAUGAACUUACAUUCAUAUUUUGUUGAAGUAUUAUUCAAUAAAUGUAUUUAUAAAGGAUUUUUGAAUUGUUGCUAUUUUUAGGAUAUUUAAAAAAAAAAAUCUCACGUACCCCUUGGCAUACCUUCAAGUACCCCCAGGGGUACGCGUACCCCCAUUUGAGAACCACUGGUCUAGACCACAAGGAAGUGUUAUAAAUUGUAGAUUAAAAUCAUCAUAGGUCCACUUUAACUUCCUCAGUGCGAAACGACAACAGCAACAUAACUACUGGAAAUACAUCAAAUGUGCACAUCGCGCAAAGUAAACUUCAAAAUUACAGGAUUUUGUGAGGUUGCGCGGCUCCAAAUUUAAUUCUGCGCAUCGUGCACCUACUUCCUCACUUCUUGGUUUCCAUUGACGGAGAGGUGUAUUUGUCACGUCUCUCAUUGUUUUAGUUGUAUCCACUCGUGAGCAGUAUAGGGUGGAAACAGGCACUCAGCAAAAAUACAUUUGACUAUUUUUUCCAUGCUCGUUAUAUAUGUAAAGAGUAAUUUCACAAGUCUGGAUAAUGCGAUCAGACAUGCAUUAGUUGUUGCUUAAAAGACCAAUCCUUUGCUCAUUUGCUCUUGUUUAUUAGUUGGAAAUAUUCGUAGACAUACUGCUCCUGCUGCGUUAUUGUGACUUGAAUAGCAGUAGAAAUACAGAGAUUCAGGGGCCUGACUACAAUGUGGUUCAGACAAAAGUGUUCGACAGCUCGGACAGGAAAAACCGUCAGACGUAGUCGGUCAAGAUAGUUCAUGUUACAAUUUACCGCUCCUAGACAUUCACACUAUAAUAUGACUCAAAUAUUUAUUGUAAAAUAAAGUGUACGAAAGUCAUGUUUUUAAUAGACAGUAAUACAAGGAAUAAGGACUGGAACCAGAAAAAAUGCAAAUCAACAAUGGCUAUGUUUACAUGAACAAUAAUCAUCUUUUUCUAAAUGAAAGCACUGUUGGAAUUGUGGUGUCCGCAUGAAAUGUUUACGUGAUACAGCAGAUGUGUGUCCAAGUCCUUUUCUGACAAUUCCUUCCUUUUGUUGAAUAUUGGAAUACAGAGGUACCUCAACUUAAAGGGGAUCUGCACUAUUUUCUGUAUUUUGCCUAUACUUCACAAUCAUUAUGAAAGCAAUGACGACGGAUGGAUUUUUUUUUUAAUGCAUUCAAAAAAUCUAAAUAAAGGUAAAUAAAUGUCUACUCAUUGCGCAGCCAAUCGGAGCUCCACUAUUCCACCCAUAAAAUCAAAUAAAUAAUUCUGACAAUCCAUUUACAUUUCUUGACUUCAGCAUUGACCAAGUAUUUGUGAUAUUGUUAUAACAAGCGCUAACGCAGACAAACUAUUUGUAGCAACGAGGUCCUUUAGGACCUGAAACUAGCGAGAACGACACAAAAAGCGCUUGUUUCCCCAUUUCUCUGCGAAGAUUAUGAGUCAUUCUUUAUCUAAACGGGAAUACAUGAACAUCCCAGAAGUUGACAUCCUAAUGACAGCAGACAUUGUACAGUUAGUGAUGUUUUGUUCGCUCUCAUAAAGUCUGCAGUGAGUAGAAAUAUUAAAUGUUAUUAGUAAUGUGCCCGUAACUACAUUAUAUAUACACUUACAUCAUGUAUAUAAAACACUAAUGCAGUGGUUCUCAGCCAUUUUUCAGUGAUGUACCCCCUGUGAACAUUUUUUUAAUUCAAGUACCCCUUAAUCAUAGCAAAGCAUUUUUGGUUGAAAAAAAAGAGAUAAAGAAGUAAAAUACAGCACUAUGUCAUCAGUUUCUGAUUUAUUAAAUUGUAUAACAGUGCAAAAUAUUGCUCAUUUGUAGUGGUCCUUCUUGAACUAUUUGGAAAAUAAGAUGUAAAAAUAACAAAACAUUUGUUGAAAACAUUUUAAAACAAGUAAUUCAAACAUAAAUAAAGAUUUCUACACAUAGAAGUAUUCAUCGACUUAAAAUGCCCUCUUUGGGGAUUGUAAUAGAGAUCCAUCUGGAUUCAUUAACUUAAUUCUAAACAUUUUUUUCACAAAAAAAGAAAUCUUUAACAUCAAUAUUUAUCAAUCAAUCAAUCAAUGUUUACUUAUAUAGCCCUAAAUCACUAGUGUCUCAAAGGGCUGCACAAACCACCACGACAUCCUCGGUAGGCCCACAUAAGGGCAAGGAAAACUCACACCCAGUGGGACAUCGGUGACAAUAAUGAUCCAGUGGGACGUCUGUGACAAUAAUGAUUAUGAGAACCUUAGAGAGGAGGAAAGCAAUGGAUGUCGAGCGGGUCUAACAUGAUACUGUGAAAGUUCAAUCCACAAUGGAUCCAACACAGUCGCGAGAGUCCAGUCCAAAGCGGGUCCAACUCAGCAGCGAGAGUCCCGUUCACAGCGGAGCCAGCAGGAAACCAUCCCAAGCGGAGGCGGAUCAGCAGCGCAGAGAUGUCGAGGCGGAUCAGCAGCGCAGAGAUGUCCCCAGCCGAUACACAGGCAAGCAGUACAUGGCCACCGGAUCGGACCGGACCCCCUCCACAUCUCCACAAAAAAAUCUAGCUGUCAACACUGAAUAUUGCAUUGUUGCAUUUCUUUUCACAGUUUAUGAACUUACAUUCAUAAUUUGUUGAAGUAUUAUUCAAUAAAUAUACUUAUAAAUUAUUUUUGAAUUGUUGCUAUUUUUGAACAUUUUUUUAAAUUCUCACGUACCCCUUGGCAUACCUUCAAGUACCCCCAUUUGAGAGCCACUGCACUAAUGGAUGUGUUUGGAUGUUUUUUAAGGGGCUUUAUAGGCAGAAUCGAACGUCUGCCAUAGGCUCCAUUGUAAGUGGACUUUUGAUGGAAUGUAUUUAAUAUUUAGAACGCAUUAAAAAAAAUCAAUCCGUCGUCAUGUCUUUCAUAAUGAUUGUGAACAAUAGGCAAAAUUAAAAAAUAAAAUUGCUGUUCCCCUUUAAGAGUGCCCCAACACAAGUGUUUUGAAAUUAUAGAUGUUUCUCUGUGAAUUGUUAUGCUUCAAGUUACAGGCAAAAAUUGGUGUAGUAAAAGUUACAGUAAAUCUCACAAGAGCUGCCAAAAACAUCUGGUCUUACUAGCUAGCAAUAGCUUACUGGUAGUUGUCUCAAAAAAACUUUGUUUUACAACCAUGGGAAAGAAGAACAUGAGUGCUGAGAGGAAGUUUAAAAAUUAAAAAAAAAUAAAAAUAAAAAUCAAAAACAUGACAAGAGUGUUGUGCCAAUUUGGUGAAGCAAUUCGAGCGUAUCACUGCUGGUUUGCACUAAAGCAGUAUGAGUGUUAUACUAGAUCAGGGGUCGGCAACCCAAAAUGUUGAAAGAGCCAUAUUGGACUAAAUACACAAAAACAAAUCUGUCUCAAGCCGCAAAAAAUUAGAAGCCAUAUUACAUACAGAUAGUGUGUCAUUAGAUAUACAUUGAAUUAUGAGGUUUUAAAGGAAACUAUAUGAGCUCAAAUAAACCUACAAAUGAGGCAUAAUGAUGCAAUAUGUACAUAUAGCUAGCCCAAAUAGCAUGUUAGCAUCCAUUAGCUUGCAGUCAUGCAGUGACCAAAUAUGUUUGAUUAGCACUCCACACAAGUCAAUAACAUCAGAAAAAAUUCACCUUUGUGCAUUCAUGCACAACGUUAAAGGUUUGGUGGACAAAAUGAGACGGAAAAAGAAGUGGCAUAAAACACGUCUUAGAAAGUCGGAGAAAGUUAUACAUGUAAACAAACUACGGUGAGUUCAAGGACCGCUAAAAUUAGUAGGACAAAACCAUGCUCGCCAAAUAGUCAAAUCAGUGAAGCAUGUUUAGUAUAAACAGUGUGCUCUAUAACAAUUAGGGAGGUUUGUGUCAUGUUUUUCCUCCUACAGAAAACCAUAUUAAAACAAAAAAUGAUUUUUUUUCCCCUCAUCAGUUUCCAUUUUUCAUAUAUUUUUGAAAAAGCUCCAGAGAGCCACUAGGGCGGCGCAAAAGAUUGUUGCCAAACCCCGUACUAGCCAAUAAUGUUAAAGUAGAAUUGUACUUUUUUGGAAUUUUGCCUAUCAUUCACAAUCAUUAUGAAAUACUUGACACACUGAUUUUUUUUAAGCAUUCUAAAUAUUAAAUAAACGUAAAUAAAAGUCCACAUACAACAGAGUCAAUGUCAAGUCUAUGCUGCCCAUAAAAUCCAAUAAAAAUUAUCAUUCAACAAUACUCAAUUUACAUUUGGUGACAUGAACAAUAACCAAGUAUUAGUGAUAUUGUAAUUAUAAGCGCUAACGCUGACAAACUAUUUUUAGCGCCGCUAGAAAUAGUUGUGUACAAUUUCGACAUGAUUAAUUAGGUAGGUGUUUCCUCACUUAUUUGCUCCCUGGGAGUUUAUUGUAGAUCAUAAAUCAUGCCUCUCACCUAGAAAGUAAAUGGCUGAGGACGUACUCCGACAAGUUGGUACACUAGCGAGAACCACAAGAAAAGACACUAGGUCCCCCCGCUUCCUUGCGAGAAUUAUGAGACAUUCUUCAUCUAAUUGGGAAUAUAUGAACAUCUUAGCAGUCAGCAUCCUAAUGACAGCAGACAUUGUACAGUAAGUUAUGUUUUCUUAUGUUUGUGGGCUCUCAUAAAGUCUGCAAUGAGUAAUAAUCAGUGAUGAAGAAAAAAAGGCAAACGUAAUGCUUUUUUGAAAUUAGUGCGCCGCGUAUGCUUAAAAUCAUCUAAAUACGUAAAUAUUAAAUGUUAUUAUAAAUGUGCUCGUUACGACAUUACAUAUAUACUUACAUUAUGUACUGUAUAUACAACCUCAAUGGAGGUGUUCAGAUGUUUCUUUUAAGGGCUUUAAAGCUCAGUUGGUAGAGCGGCCGUGCCAGCAACUUGAGGGUUGCAGGUUCAAUCCCCGCUUCUGCCAUCCUAAUCACUGCCGUUGUGUCCUUGGGCAAGACACUUUACCCACCUGCUCCCAGUGCCACCGACACUGGUUUGAAUGUAACUUAGAUAUUGGGUUUCACUAUGUGAAGCGCUUUGAGUCACUGGAGAAAAAGCGCUAUAUAAAUAUAAUUCACUUCACUUUAUAGGCAGAAUAGUGCAGCUACCAUAGACUCCAUGAGUUGUCUUUUGUCUAUUGAGAAUGCAUGAAAAUAAAAAAAUAAAAAAUAAAUUAUGUCUCUUAUAAUAACUAUGAACAAAAGGCAAAAUUCCAAAAAAAUGUGCAGUUCCCCAUUAAUAUCUAAACAAUUUCCCAUGACAAUAUGGAAAAGCUGUCGGUGUGUUUGAUGGAGAAGCAGUUAGGACGUACCGAAGAAGUCCACUCUAUAAGGUAAAUUAUUUACAUUAAUAUUACAUUACUUCAUAAAUGUAAUUAUUUACACUACAUUUUAUGUUUAUUGGUUUUAUACACCGUUUCUCAUCUAAAAAAAAUAUUUUUAAAGGGCAUGUUACAUGUUAAAACUGUGCCGUUUUGGAUGUGGAGCAAGCACAAUUGAUUUUAAUUAAUUUCAAAGUGCGAUGCUGAUUUGAGAUACAAGCGUUUUUAGUUAAGAGCGCCGUCACAGAAGCAAUUAAGCCCGUAAGUGGAGGUACUAAUGUAUUGACGUUCAUGCAAAUGUGGCCAUUGUGUGCACAACAAAAACAAUAUGUCCAUUUUUGUAAUUGUAUAUCUUUGUUUUGCAUGACUUCACCUCAAUUCCCCUGAUUUUCAUAAGAGCACAUCAAAAUAUAUUACUGUCCUCAUCUAAAAAAACAAACCGAUGAAGCAACUACACACAUGUUUUGGAGACAAUAUUAGACACGUUUGAGAUCCAAAACAAGAGCCAUUACAAGGAUAUUUAUUUUCUUGUGCAAGAGUGGACAUACCAAUUCAGUCCUAAAAAUGCUGAGUCAGGACAAUCACCACUAAGCACACAAAGACCGCCAUAUUUCGGUUCAAUGUGUGUACUAUUUAAUCAAACAUUUGGGAAAGUGGAAAUUUCAAGCAUAUCUAUUUGUAAUUGUCUUUUUUACAUUUCUCAUGAUUGUACGCUUUAGACAGUUUAGUAGACAACUCUAGAUAUCAGGUUACACUAAUGACAUACAGUUCAUAUACAGCAAUUAUGUAUUCUAAUAAAAAACUUCCAAAAAAG